CAAAGAUAAUCAAACUACGUACAAUCUUAGAUCUAGUGUUUUUAUUAAUUACUUUUAUUUUAAAAAGGAUACAUAUCAUGGCCGCAGUGACUCAUGAAAAAGAGAUUGCCACUGCAAUCCCAGUAGCUAAAAUGUUCAAGGUUUUUGUGCUUGAAGCUGCCACCAUUAUGUCUAAGAUCGUGCCUCAGGUAAUCAAGAACGUUGAGAUUCUUGAAGGAAAUGGAGGGCCAGGAUCCAUUAUCAAGACUACAUUUGUUGAAGGUAAUACGUUCUAUAAUGGAGGCAUGGAAUAUAAGUAUAUGAAGAAUAAGAUCGACGUGAUAGAUAGCGAGAAUUUCGUAUACUCAUACACUACAAUUGAGGGUGAUCCAUGGAUGGAGUCACUCGACAGGGUCUCUUAUGAUGUCAAAAUAGCGGCUUCUGCCGAUGGAGGAUCCAUUUGCAAGAGCACCAUCAGCUACUUCCCGAAGGGCGACGCAGUGAUCGAUGAGCGCCAAAUCAACGACGAUCAAGAAACGAUGAUGGCCAUGGGCAUGUUCAAAGCUGUUGAAGCCUAUGUUUUGGCCUAUCCAGAUGCUUAAAUCAACUCUAUCACUAUGUUUCUUGUAUUCUGUCAUGCAUAAGUAACUACUUUUCUGUUGCUAAUAUAUGUUGCAAAUGGUGUGUCGGUUGUUAUUGCUUAAUUAUUGUGUUUAAACGUUAUAUAUAAAAUGAAAUAAAUUGAAUAUUGUA